AAACAACAACAAUGUCCAUCACUUGCAGCCUUGCUCGCCUCCAGAGAAAACACCUUCAGAAACCUGUCGCUUGACCUGACCUGAACUACCAGCACCUGUGCCUUGCCUUGCUUUCCAGAACUAAGAGAAGAUUCUCUUUCUGCCCCCUCCAGGGGUUUUAAUUUAGUAGUUCACAAGUAAAAUGGUGCGUGUGGUUCAGGGUUUAUUUUCUAUUUCAUGACAUUUACAUGCUGCUCUGUCGGGAGAAUAAGUGUCAAGCCAGUUUCUUGAGCUGAGAAGCCAGAUAUUGCAUAUAUAUAUUUGCAUCAGCUGCAGAGCUCGCAAAGCCUCAAAUAACCCCCACCCCCCUUCCUGAGGAAGAAAGUGGUACAGCCCAAAACAAAAGCUUUUGCUGCCUUUUGAGUCCGCCGAACGUAUAUAUUGCCUUUCCUGGAACGGGCUGGCCCCGCCCCGCUUCCCCCCCUCCCCAAGCUUUGAUGGGCCCGAGGCGCCUAUUGGCCGGAAUCUUGACGGCUGCCUGUGCCGACGCUUCCCAUUGGCUGCCGGCCUUGGUGUGCUUCCACACGUUCCCAAAGGCUGUUCUUUAUGUUAUUGUUGUGAAGAAGUUGCAAAGCGGAGCGUCUUAUUUUGAUUUUGUUUUUCCAAGUGUUGGGAAGGCGGGUGGGUUGCUGAGCAGGAGGGACCAACCAGCGCCUAUGGGAACGACGCUGCUCCCGCCAUGUCCCUGAGCCAGCCCAGCAGCAGCGAUGCGUGCCUGAGCAUUGUGCACAGCCUGAUGUGCCACCGGCAGGGUGGGGAGAACGAGUCGUUCGCCAAGCGGGCCAUCGAGAGCCUGGUCAAGAAGCUGAAGGAGAAGAAGGACGAGCUGGACUCCCUCAUCACGGCCAUCACCACCAACGGCGCACAUCCCAGCAAGUGCGUCACCAUCCAGCGCACCCUCGAUGGCCGCCUGCAGGUGGCCGGGCGCAAAGGCUUCCCCCACGUGAUCUACUCCCGCCUGUGGCGCUGGCCGGACUUGCACAAGAACGAGCUCAAGCACGUCAAGUUCUGCCAGUUCGCCUUCGACCUCAAGUACGACAGCGUCUGCGUCAACCCCUAUCACUACGAGCGGGUGGUAUCUCCGGGCAUCGGACUGAACAUCCAGAAUACAGGUGAGAUACAAUCCUGCUUUGUUUUUCUGGAUGAUGGCCUAGGACAGGACUGGGGGCGGACCUCUGACCUUACAGCGCCUGCCCCACAGCUCGUGAAAGAAGAAUUCAUUCCCGACUGUAUCCAAAUGGAGGUCCCGCCUCCUCCGCCGGCAGAUCACCCCGGCCCUGGGAUCAAGGCCGGCCACCCUCAGGCAGAGCCCUACCAGCCCUUAUCGCCCCUGCAGCUUCCGGAACCGCCCCAUCCUACUGCUGGCAUCUACCCCGCAUUGCCUUUGUCUCCCCCAGGCCCUCCUGGGGGGCCCCUGCUCCCUCUCCUUCAUGGUGAGGGUCUUCUUCAGAUCUCCACCCCCUCGCACGCCCCAGCCCCUUCUCCGGCUCCCCCGGGCUCCCAGCAAAAUGGGUGCGCCCCCAAACUGCCCUACCAGAAUUCGACAACCAGCUGGACAGGGAACGGCGGCACCCCAAGCUACAGCUCCGGUGGGAGGAGCCAGGAGCCCACCCCGCCUCCGCUCCCCGCUCCUCAGCAGCAGCAGAACGGACGGAGUUACCCUCAGCCUCCUCUUCACCAUUCAAACCAUUACUGGCCUGCUCAUCAUGGUUCGCCUCCCUACCAGCCCCCAGUCUCCAGUCACCCUGGCCCUGAGUUCUGGUGCUCGAUCGCCUAUUUUGAGAUGGACGUGCAAGUGGGCGAGAUCUUCAAGGUGCCUGCCAACUGCGCCGUGGUCACUGUGGACGGAUACGUGGACCCUUCGGGCGGAGACCGCUUCUGCCUGGGACAGCUCUCGAACGUCCACCGCACCGACACCAGCGAGCGCGCCAGGCUGCACAUCGGGAAAGGAGUCCAGCUGCAGUGCCGUGGUGAAGGCGAUGUCUGGAUGCGGUGUCUGAGCGACCACGCCGUCUUCGUGCAGAGCUACUACCUGGACCGGGAGGCUGGGCGUGCUCCGGGGGAUGCUGUGCACAAGAUCUACCCUGGCGCCUACAUCAAGGUCUUUGACCUUCGCCAGUGCCACCGCCAGAUGCACCAACAAGCAGCGACAGCGCAGGCGGCAGCAGCGGCUCAGGCGGCCGCUGUGUCAGGGAGCAUUCCUGGGCCUGGCUCUGUGGGGGGCAUCGCACCAGCUGUGGGCCUCUCAGCAGCGGCCGGCAUUGGUGUCGACGACCUCCGCCGCCUGUGCAUCCUCCGUCUGAGCUUCGUCAAGGGCUGGGGGCCGGACUACCCCCGCCAGAGCAUCAAGCACACCCCCUGCUGGAUCGAAGUCCACUUGCACCGAGCCCUGCAGCUCCUGGAUGAGGUCCUCCACACCAUGCCCUUGGCUGACCCGGGCUCCAUCAACUAGAUGAAAUUGCAAGGCAAGGAAGACGAAGAGGUUCUUGCCGAUCCCGCAGCCUCUGGGGUUUGCAGAAGGGCGGGGAUUGCCGCUGCGAAGGAGACUCUGGCCCCCAUGCUCAUGAAAGCAGUGGGGGCAAGUUCCCUGGGGUCCCCGAAAGGACUGAGAUGGCAGAAUUUGUCCUUGAAAAUGCCCUGCCGCCUUUCGAAGGGGUGCCGAGACUUUCUCUGUUCCCAGACCAGCAGCAGAAUGAAUGGCUUCAAAGGGGUCGCCUUUCUGGCCAUCUCAAAAGACUGGUCUUUUUCUCACCAGCUUUUCUCUUCUGAACACCAACGACCCGGUUGCGGCUCGGCCGAGCAGCUGAGAAUCGCCGGAGAAUCUCCACCCCCCACAUCUGAAAAUCUGGCUCUUAGAGACGUUCUUCUAGGAGCCGGUCCUACCGCUAGAUAGAGGGAGGCAGGUGCCACUCAGGUGGCAAAUGCUGGCAGGCGGGGAAUGGCAGCGAGGAUGUGUGAGUGUAGAGCUGGACUUGCAGCCUGGGCUCCUUCGCAGCCCCUUAGCUAGCCCCCCCCUAAGUUGGCUUGCUGCCCUAGGAGAGGAUGGUCUCCCACUGUCGGCAUUGAAGAGACAUUCAACCACCGGUGAUACUUCCCAGCACGAGAAAUGGAGGGAGCCAUAUUGUCCUUUGCCCUGACGUGCAAGGACAUAUUUGGCCAGCUCUGAUUUUAUUGCUUUAAAUCCCCAAACGGAGGCUGCAAUAUAUGACUUUAAUCAGUUAAAGUAAUCGAGCCGAACGAUGCCCCUGACAACUCGGAAAGGACCAAAAUGAAGCACUUGCAAAUUUGGGUCUGGGGAACCUCUGACCGUCUAGCUGAGGCUGAAUGGCAACUCCUACCUGCCCCAGCAAGCAUGGCUCAGUGGCCAGGGAUGAUGGGAGUUGUAGUUCAACAAUGCCUGGAAUGUCAAAGAUUUUC